GGGCUCCCUCUAUAUGCAUCUGCAACACAAGAGAGCUCUACUGUGGAUUUAUCUUUUUGGCAGCAGCUUGCAGGGGAUAUCGUCAUCUGGACCCCAACUUUUGCCUACAAAAUCCGGUUCCAGUUUACUACACAGCAUAGUUGUUUGUUUGCUGACUGUGUUAGUCGCUCAUGAGGAGAGAGGGAGCAAGUGAUUGUCUGGAUAUGGAAUGAGGAAGAAAAACAAAAGAGAAAGAAAAAAAAACGAGAGUAAGAGAUGAGAGUGAGAUGAAGGGAAUUUGUUUGGCACUCUAAGGAAGAAAGAAAGAGAGAGAGAGGGCAGUGAGAGGGAGGAGAGACAGAAGAUCCAGCCCUCCGGGACAGUAGUGUGUGUUUUUGGGGGUGGACUGACUGGCUUUGUAUACAGAACAUCACUGGACACCAACAGGAGGGUCACUCUCUGUCAGUCGCUCUGUGUGUGUGUCUGUAGUGAAACCAGACCUACCUCUGAUCCCUGCGCCACACACACUCCUCCAUAUGCUGCCCAGGAGCCUGCCUUCUGCUUCCCCUGCCCCUCAGAGAGUGUGUGUGAGAGUCUCAGAGAGCUGCUUCUCGGAGGUUAGGAGGCUGUGAUGUGGAACCGGCGGGAUUAAAGUUUCUGCAGAAUCAGGACUGACAGUGAUGGAGGUGAUCCAGGAGACGGAAGAUUUCGUUUUUUGAAUGACAGGAGGACCCCAGAGGAGGAUUUUCUACCCUCUGCCUGACCCGCCCGUUUUUUUUCCCUCUUUCCUUUGAUUAUAUCAUCUGUAUUUCUGCAUCUGGCUUGAGCAGCCCAUGUGGGCGCUGAGGGUGGCGGAUCAGAGAAAAGUCCACGCCCCGAUGCCCGCUGCUAUGCUCCCGUGCCCCGCUCUGUCCGGGUCUGACUGGAGCUUCCAGAACCCGGUGGGGGUGGACUGCAGCGCCCCUGAACCUCGCUGCAUCUGGUUGGCGGUGCUCCGCGGCCCCACAGGUUCAACCUCGGCACCAACGCCACCCAGCAUGCCUGUUAGGCGCAGCCAGAGCUCUCACCAGCUCAGGGCUAAGGGGCGGAGGGAUGUUCUCUCCUCACCCGGUGACAACCCUCGGCCGCCGAUGGCGACCCGGCCGGGAAGGGAGGGGGUCGGCAUGGGAUGGAAGGGUCCUCGGACGCUGGUUCUCCAUAAGAACUCCCAGGGUUUUGGCUUCACGCUACGCCAUUUCAUUGUUUACCCUCCAGAGUCAGCUCUGCACACCAACCUCAAGGAUGAGGAGAACGGUAACGGAAAGGGUUACCAGAAAGGUCGACUGGAGCCGAUGGACACCAUAUUUGUGAAGAGCGUGAGAGAAAAAGGUCCGGCCCAUCAGGCGGGCUUAUGCACAGGGGACCGUCUGGUGAAAGUGAACGGAGAGAGUGUUUUAGGGAAGACGUACUCGCAGGUGAUCGCCCUCAUUCAGAACAGUGAGAGUAUGUUGGAGCUCUCCAUUAUGCCAAAAGACGAAGAUGUGCUUCAGUUGGCAUACUCCCAGGAUGCCUACCUGACAGGCAACGAACCCUACUCAGGGGGACAUGAGAACCUCCCACCACCACCUCCCCCCUGUUACCCCCGCAGCAAAACCACGUCCCCUGCAGGAGCUCCUCCGUCAGCGCCUAUGGGCCAGAACCAGCUGGAUAACUGGAGUCGCUGGCAAGGUUCCUCAAGCCCUUCUUCGCCCCUGGACAACCGCUCCACUGUGGGAAGCCCAGCUAGCUGGCAGGAGGGGAGGGCAGGAGAGCCGGGCGGUGUGGGUCACAGUAGCCCAGCUCACCGGACAGAGGAGAUCCAAUACGGGAUGACCAGCCAGCAGCCUCAGGGUCAGACCAGGGGGCGCUCCUAUUCUUCUUCCUCCUCAUCAGGAGGUCCUUUGUCCAGCCCCCUGCAAGUCCACUACCCUAAUCACCAUGCUGCCGGGCCCUCACAGGCUCAGCCACGCAAGUCCAGCUCAGCGUGGACCAGUCCCCCUCUGCCCCAGCUCAGCCACGGACGCAGUGAGCGCUGUCAGCAGGCGCUGUCAGACUGGUACUUCAGCCAGGUGCCUGAGCGGUCAGGACGCAGCAUGCAGACCCGACACCGCAGCUACUCACAGGACCGGCUCAGUGAAUCGAGGAGGCAGCAGCAGCGGUCAGGUGGCUGGCCGCACAGCGCCUCCCAGGACACUCUGCUGUUACUGCAGCAGUCAGGACCAGGACCCCAGGGAGAGCCCUACUGGUCUUAUGGAGAUUGGGAAUCGGGCCCUGGUAGGGGCCAUCCACCCACAAGCUAUACACGAACACGCUCUGAAAACCUGCUAGCCCUGUAUGACCGCCAUGGCCGCUCUUUAGAGAUGCUGGACCAAGCAGCAGCCGGACUGGUUUCGCCUCGGUUUGAGAGGCCGUCAUGGCAACAGCAGGCUCCUCGACCGCCUGCUCGGACUGAUGCCUUCACCAAGCAGGGGAACCAUUACGGUGCAACACAAGCUGCUCCCAUGUCUCGCCAGCCGCAUUCUAAACACCAAUCCCAGACUCACGCCCAGUCCCAAUCUCAGACUCAGCCCCAGCAGGCUGCCCCCAAGAGCAGGCGGCUUCCACAUGGACAGAGCAUGGACGAUCAGCCGGUGGGCUACCGCAGCUACAGCCCGUCAUUUUACCGAAAGACGGGCCGAAUCAUGCAGCAAGCCCACUCCUUCAGGGACCCUUCGUAUUCUGGCCCUCACUUGAACUGGAACCCCACACCGAAAACCCCAGAGGGCACAGCAGCACCCAUCACCGCCUCUACCACCUCCCCCCUCGCCUUCGCCUCUGGCGAAUCCCAGGACAGAGCGUACAGGCCUACAAACCACGAGAGGGAACGAGGGUCUGUUGAGGGGCAGGCGGAGAUGGUGGUGGCGGCACAGACACAGGAAGUGGUGCUGAGGCAGAAACCUCCCACUGGGCGGAGGAACGCCCACGGUUUGAGGCAUCCUCACUAUGUGCUGCCAGUGGACGGGCUAGAACCAUCUUUGUUUUCUCCCGACCUUGAAGACUCAGGUCUCGUCCCUGGUUCCACAGGAGAUGUAGCCCCACGCAAACCAAAUGGCAACCUCGCCCCCCUCCCCAUAGAGGAUGACUCCCUUGCAUCCAUUCCCUUCAUAGAUGAACCGACCAGCCCCGGCGCUGAUUUGCGUGCACGCCAUGUGCCGGCGUCCUCCGUGGUGUCCAGCGGCAUGAGCUCGGCACCCGCCGUGGUCACCAGCCCCGCCUCCCCCACUUUCUCCUUCCCCCCCACUAGGCUCUUCUCACACGACUGCAGCAGUAUUAAAUCCAGUCGCCGUUCCUCCUAUCUUCUAGCCAUCACCACCGAGCGCUCCAAGUCAUGCGACGAAGGACUCAACACGUUCAGAGAGGAAGGACGAGUCUUCUCGAGGCUACCAAAGAGAGUGAAGAGUUUCUUCACAGACGGGUCUCUAGACAACCUCGGGACGGCAGAGGAGGUCCGAUCAAAACGCCAUUCAACGUCAGAGCUGGGAAACAUCACGUACAGUGACGUGCGGCGAGAAGGAUGGCUGCACUACAAACAGAUCCUCACAGAGAAGGGCAAGAAGGUGGGCAGCGGCAUGCGUCCGUGGAAGCGAGUCUUUUCUGUUCUUCGCUCUCAUUCGCUGUUCCUCUACAAAGACAAGAGGGAGGCGGUGCUCCGCGGGGCCACGAUUGGAGGCGCGGCAGAUGACGAUCAGCCGAUCAGCAUACGGGGCUGCCUGGUGGACAUUGCAUACAGUGAAACCAAACGAAAACAUGCCCUGCGGCUGACCACACAGGACUUCUGUGAGUACCUGCUGCAGGCAGAGGACCGGGAGGACAUGCUGGACUGGAUUAAGGUCAUCAGGGAGAACAGCAAGACGGACAGUGAGGAGCUCGGCUUUUCCAGGCAGGCCCUCAUCAAUAAAAAACUGAACGAUUACAGAAAGCAGAGUCCGACAGGCAGUAAACCUGACUCCUCGCCCAGAAUGCCUCGCAUGAAACCUCCCUUCCUGCACACCAAGACUGAAAACGCAGCCGGGGCGCCGCGCUCCCCAAAACCAGAGGGCAAAGACGAGAGCGGCCCUCCAAAGUCUCCGUGGGGAAUCAACAUCAUGAAGAAGACGAAGAAGACGGGACCUAAAGCUUUCGGUGUGAGGCUGGAGGAGUGUCAGCCAGGUGUCAUUAAUAAGUUCAUCCCGCUGAUCGUGGAGAUCUGCUGUGGUCUAGUGGAGGACAUGGGUCUGGAGUACACAGGGAUCUACAGAGUCCCCGGGAACAACGCCAUGGUGUCCAUGCUGCAGGAUCAGCUCAACAAGGGCGUGGACAUCAACCCCGCAGAGGAGAAGUGGCAGGACCUGAAUGUUGUCAGCAGUUUACUCAAAUCCUUCUUCAGAAAACUUCCAGAGCCUCUCUUCACAAAUGACAAAUACAAUGACUUCAUUGAUGCCAACCGCAUGGAGAACGCAUCAGAUCGCCUGAAGACCAUGAAGAAACUGAUCAGAGACCUCCCGGAUUAUUACUAUCACACUUUGAAGUUCCUUGUUUAUCACCUGAAGACUGUGGCCGACAGCUCCGAUAAAAACAAGAUGGAGCCUCGUAACCUGGCGUUGGUGUUUGGGCCGACUCUGGUGCGGACGUCUGAGGACAACAUGAAAGAUAUGGUCACACACAUGCCCGACCGCUACAAGAUAGUAGAGACACUCAUACAGCAUGGGACCUGGUUUUUCGCGGAAGAGGUAGACAAGGAAGAAAAGACGCCAGUGGACACGGAGGACCUGCAGCCGGCCCCCAACAUCGACCACCUGCUUUCCAACAUCGGCAGAACUGCUCUGCUAGGGGAGGCCUCAGACUCAACCAACAGUGACUCGGCUAAAUCAAAGGGGUCAUGGGGGUCAAAGAAGGACCUCGGAGCCAAGGACUUCCUGGCUCUGUCCAUCAUGUCAGCCGUCACGGGUCGCAAACGCAGGAAGCGCCACAAUGCACGCCGCGUGGGCAGCAGCACGGAUGACGACUCGGAGCAUGAGCCAAUCAAAGCGGGACACCUAGGGGCGGAGGAGGAAGAGGAGGUGGAGUCGCCUGUAGGGGGCACUGCUCCUCGGGCAGAGGGAGAGGAAGACGAGGAUGAAGAAGAAGAAGAAGAAGAAGAAGAAGAAGAGGAGGAAGAUGAGGAAGUAGUAGAAAGCGGAGUGAAAGAGGAGGUAGAAGAAAAGGAGGUGGCGGUGGUUAUUCCCAGCCGGUCGCACUGCAAAGAUGAAGAGGAGGCAGGAGGAAGGCAGGCGGCCAUGUUGGUGCAGGAGGAGGAGGAGGAGGAGGAGGAGGAGGCUCGGGUGGAGGUGAAAGGGCCACCUUGGAGAUCUCCAGAGGACGCCCGCUCCAUUGUUUCUGGUUACUCCACCCUCUCCACAUUAGGGCGGAGCCUGGGGUCAGAGGGGAGGGGUGACGAUGCAGAUGACGAAAACAGCGAGCUGGUGAGUGAGACGGACAACGAGAGCGGCUUCGCCUCGCGCUCCCUCACGCAGGAGAGACCGGAGAAACACCCGACGACACCUGUGAGUUCGCAGCCACCGGCAGCCCCGCGGAGCUUCCUGUACACACACUGCAAGCAUCCUGUCCUCUCGCCGACUAACCUUCUGGCCCCGCCCACAGCCCUCACGCACACACCAGACUCUGCGGAGAGGGGCGAAGGAGGCGCACGGUCCACCACGCCUUCGUCGUCUUCCUUCUCCUCCUCCUCAGCCUCCCAUAAACUGCACUUGCGGCCUUCCUUUAACUCGCACAAACUGAUCCAGUGCGACACUCUGGCAAGGAAGAAGCUGAAGUCGGAGAAGACUAAAGCUCGCUCCCUGGACCUGCUGGAUCUGCCUGGGGCCGCCGCCCAGGUCGACCGAUCUGGUUCGAGCUCUGACGGUGCGUCAAGGUUGGGGAGGGAAACUUCCAGAACCAACCCCUCCUCAGGUAGCAGCCAGGAGAGCCUGCGCCCGACUCGACCCAAGCAUUCCCUGCCACCCAGCGAGGCCGCCUCCUUCACCCCAGCAGGCCCGGUUGGCAGGUCUCUGGCGGAUCAUGUCCGCGCUCGUCUCCUGGGCUCGGCGGACGACCUCCGCAGCGUGGGACUGCGAAAACCUCUCUCACCCGAGACGCGGAGGAAGAGGCGAGCAUGGCGCAGACACACCGUAGUGGCUUCCCCGACCGAGAUCUCUGACAAAAGACCCCCGUUGACUGUCAGCGACUUCCCCCUGUCCCCCAUCGCCGUUCAAAACCAGGUCAAAACACCGGGACUGCCUCUGGGUGCAGACGAGCUCGAGCAUGGGCCGGCUACACGUCAAACACCCACCUCCAAUUUCCACCAGUACCUGUGAGCCCUGCCAUCCCACCCCUCACUCCGAGGAAUCUGGGCUGCUGACUCCUGCAGGUCAGUGGACCGGCAGCAGCAUUAUCGGGGGUUUGUUGCCCGGAGCAACAUAAGAGUACCAAUGAAGAGAGCAGCUUCUGCACCCUUUCUUUCCCGAUAAGCUCCUCCCGAAAUGGCAGGGGGCAUUCCAGUGUUGCCAAAGCUUUUGUUUGUUUUUUUCUUAUAUGUGUGCUUUUAUAGAAAUAAUACAGAAACAGAAAAGAGACACAUGCAGACCUCAUACUCGAAAUUCUAAAGCCAAGAAUUAUCAUUCUAGAAAAGUAUCAAUUAAACGGUAAAUUCUCUUGAAAUGACCAGGAAAGGAACUCCCUCUGGUUCUUAAGAGAAAGGUGCUUCUAACUAAAAUGGGGUUUGACAAAUACAAUUUUUAACAAUUAGCCGGUUUAAAACCAUUUCAAGAGGGAUUUCAUCUGAUUUUUCACAUCAGUCUUCCUAAUCUGUUCCUCUUCAGAACACAGACCCUGUUUAACUCUCAUUUACUCUCCAAACACACACACACACACACACACACACACACACACACACACAUACACACACACAAGUAAGUCAUCUCUUUCUACGUGUUAAUAAUGUUAAUGUGUGUUUGCUCUAAAAUAUUUGUGACCACGUCUGAGCGUGCAGGUGUUUGUUAUGAACACUUUUGUAACAUUUGUACAAAGCCUUGUUAAGUUAACCUUGUAUAUAUAAAUAUUAUGUUAUCAUAUUUGUUUUUAUGUUUUUUUUCUUUUUUUUUUUUUUAGUUUUCUAUGGUUUACAAAAAGCGCAUACAAGUGCACAGUCAUUUGUUUCAAGAUGUUACUUGAAAUGUUUUUACUUAAUAUAUUAUUUUGUGUUGUUUUGUUUUAUAUUCAGUAUAUAUAUUAUAUAUAUAUUUUGUAUUAAAGUAAAAAAAAAGUACUUUUAUUGUGACUUCCCCUCUUUGAUGUACCUGUUCGAAAGGAGACGACCUAAGCGAGGCGUUACCUGUUCCUAAUUUCCUCAGUGACGGCCUUUCUCUCUGAUUCUCAGCACUGUGCAGGAAACCUUUAUCUCCUCAGAAACUCCCACCGAUGUUACACCGACAUCUCAAACUCCAUGUAGCAGGAGAAGAAAUGUAAUCUGGUCAUUUUUACAUGAAAUAAUUGGGCAGCUCAGCGCCACACUGUGAUGGCUGACCUUGUUUGUUUUGUAACUCAUGUCAUGGAUUAUUGAGUGUCGCUUCCACAGAUCUGAGCUGAAGACAAAGUGUGUGUUUUUUUUGUUUUUGGUUAAACAGAAUGAGGAAAAAAAAAAGCUUAGCAGUGUUCUGAAGACUAUUUAAUGAUUGAGUAGUGCAUACAAAAGGCUUCAUCUUCACCUGCGUCUGUUGUAACCUGUGUGUUUUCACCACAUCACCUCUGGGAGUUCAUCUGUCUGCACGUUUUAUUACCUCGGGGUUCAUGUGACGAGGAGAUUUCCAUAAGGUCAGGCUCUAAUAAAUCCUCUCUGACUGAGGAAAUGGUACAUUUUGUAAGAGGAAAUGACAGCAGAAUGCUAACUUCUCAUCUAUUGUUUCUCGUCUCUCAUACUGGCUGUUAGAACCUUUUGUUAUCAGGAGUGUAAAGUCAUGAGAGGCUCACAUUGGAAAAAACCAACCAGUGCAAAACAAAUGAAUAAUAAUUAUGAUAGAUGAUGGUCUUAGCAUACCUCAAGAUUUGUUCUACAAGUGCCUGAUUUCUGGAAUGUGUUUUUGUUCUGCAGUGCCAUGCUCAUGUCAGUUCUUAUCUUUCCGUUCCCUUUUUGUUGUCUCUGGGUCUCCUCCCCCCUCCUCCCCUGUGGUCAAAAGUAAGGCACUGACCCAAAGAAGUGUACAUUAAAAUACAAAAGUUCUAACUUAAGAGGCUGUACGGAUUUUGUCUUUUAAAGAGAGCACACUUUAAGCCAAGGACACAUCUAUGCACUCGCUUUGCCUCUAACCCAGGCAUUAACAGAAGCGUAGUUUUUCUCUUAAGAGGCCGUCUCUGUCUGCCUGGUGAUCCACAGUGUGUGAAUAUGGUACAUCUGACAAGCCCUUCCCUAACACUGCAUCAGCUCACGUCAGACUAUAUUUUCUUAAAACGGACUUCAAGAGGAAAACUCAAAACGUCUGAAAUGUGAUCCACCUAAUGUCUCAUUGUUAGAUUUUAAAGACACAGUUUUGUACAUACUUUCUUAAUAUGUAACAUACUGUAUUGUGUACAUUUGGAGUUGCUUUUUGAGUAUAACUAAUAUGAAAUGACUGGACUUGAAAGAUUGUCCACCUGAAACGAUUUCCCUCAUGGCUGUGUGCUUUAAAGCAAGUUUAUAAAAUGUAAAUAAACAGAACUAUGUUUAAAAAUGUG